AUAUGACACUGCUUGACGGCGCUCGUCUCCACCUCUACGCCUCCCUCGUGGGCCUCGCCUGCUACCUCAACGCGCCCGCGUGCGACUUUGUCUUUGACGACGCCUUUGCGGUCGUUUCCAACGCCGACGUGCAGCCGGGCGCGCCACUCCUCCCGCUGUGGUCGCACGACUUUUGGGGCAAAGCGCUACACCUCGACGACUCGCACAAGUCGUACCGCCCGCUGACCGUCCUGUCCUUCCGUGCGCACUCGUGGUGGAGUGGCGAAGCGCCAGAACCCUCCGCCCUCCACGGCGCCAACGCCAUCAUCCACGCCGCAGUGUGCGCGGGAGUUACGCAGCUGAUCGUCCGCGCCUGGCGCGGACACGCCUCUCGGCGGCGUCGGCGGGCAUUGCUGGGCGCGCUAUGGUUUGCGGCGCACCCUCUUCAUGUGGAGGCUGUCACCGGCGUCGUCGGGCGCGCUGAGCUGCUCUGCGCGCUCUGCUGCCUCGGCGCGAACGCGUGCCACGCCUGGGCUGCCGGGCUGACCCCACGCGGGUGCAGCGCGUGGCGGCGCGGCGCCAGCGCGCGCCGACUCGCCUGUGCCGCCGCAACCCUCGGCUGCAUCGCGGGCGCCGUGCUGUGCAAGGAGACUGGCAUCGUCAUCGCCCCGAUCCUGAUAGCGCAGGAGGUGCUCGUGCUGCUUCCUGCCCGUGGCGCCGCAGGCGUGGUCGGAUCGUCCGCCCGCAUCUGCGCGUUGGCGCUCUUCGUGGCCGCCUACCUCGUCGGCCGCAUCCUUCUGAUGACCCCUCCUGGCGAGCCGCUCUCGUGGGGCGCCGCGUCACUCGCAGACUCGUUGCUCAUCCGCAAGGCCGAGAACCCGCUCCUCUUCCUCGAGUCGCGCCUGGCGUGGUGGCUCUCCGUCGGGUGGAUCCAGGCCGUCUACACCGCGCUCCUCCUCGCGCCAUCCUCCUUGUGCAUCGAGUACUUCUCGCUCGCGGCCACGAUGCUCGCGAGCGAGUGGUUUGCCGUGACCUGCCUCCGCCACGUGGGCGCCUUGCAGAGCGGGCAGCACAUCUGCGACAUGAUGCGGAAGCAAUCGGUGAUGCAGGCGAGGCAAAAGUUGUGGCCGCACGGCAGGAAGGUCGGCUCGUCGAAGAUGUCCAUACAGACGGUGCAGCGGAGCUCGGCGGCGAGGGCUUCGAUGCUCUUCGGCGCGAGCUGCGUCGGCGGCUGCGAGAGGGCGACGGCGUCGCCGCCCGAGGCCGGCCCCUCGCUCUCCCCGCACACCUCGCGCUCCUCUUGGACGCACGCUUUUGGCAACUCCGGCUGCGCUGCCGCCGCUUGUACAGGCGGCGGCUGCGAUGGCGGCGGAGGCGACAGCGAUGGCCGCGGCCGGGGCGUUUGUGGCGACAUCCGCACCGCGCACUCGUCGAGGUGCCUAUUAAAAGCCCGCGGCUGGAGAGGCGACUCACCACUCUAG